AUGUUCCUGCCGCCUAGAGCCGCGCUGCUCAGCCCUGCGCCGGCCAAGCCACACCAAGCGCCGCUCCUGGAUUCACUCUGGCUCCUGUGCCACCGCGCCCACACGCCCGGCGCCCGCCACAGCCGUCCGAGCCGCGCCCCCUCGCACGCCUGGGCCACCUGCGCGCCGCCUGCAGAGCGCCCGCGCGCCAGCCUCCGCACCUAUGGCCGCCCCGCCUGCGCGCGCCCCGCCUGGGCUCGCCUACUCCCGCGGGCUGCGCCCGCGCCGUCCUGGGCCCGCUCACCCGCGCGCUCGACCCGAGCUGCGCCGCUCGCCCCCGCUUGUGCCACUGCCAGCUGGGCCGCGCCGCCUCCCGCGAUGCCCGCGCGCGCGCCUGGCUCCUGCGGCCGCGCGUCCGCGCACCGCCGGCCUGCUGCAGCCGCCCGCACGUCCAGUACCAGCUCGGCGCCUGAUUUGGAUAGAGAGAGGGGGAGAGACAGGAGAAAGAUGCACCGGCAGUAG